AUGCCGUCCGUCGUUGACGAGGCAUUUGAUUUGCCUCUGGCAAAGAGAGUGAAACUAACACCAUCAAAAAAUCCUUCAAAACAGCAGUCUGGCUCUAGAAUUUUUUCCCCAUUCAGAACCUUAGGCCUGGUGUCACCAACUACUGUUCCAUUCACAUGUGUCCGUUUGGGGAAAACAACAUUUCAGAUAACAACGUCCGUUGGGCACUCGUUACAAACGUACGACCUGAGACGUGGCUUGAAUCUUAUUUUCUUGAGCCGACCUCAGACGCCCGAGCUCAUUACUGCUACGUAUGCCUGGAAGGAACUAGUCUUUGCGGCUUGGGGAGGCCUUCGACCUGGUAGCCCGGUAGGGGUGUGGGUUUUCAAACGCGGGAAAAAGAUUGCGGCUCUCGAGACAACGUCAAGUCUCACCGGGCCUAUUCUCCAAAUCCUAGUUUUUGGAUCAUGGAUUGUCGGUUGCUGUGAAAGGAAUAUACAAGUCUGGAAGUCUACGUCCUAUGAACACUAUACCACAUUGAAUGCGGCAAAUACCUCGGAAUCCUCUGGGGCGCCUGUCUUCACAGGAAGAAUAUGCAAUAUGCCAAUCUAUCUAAACAAGAUAUUCGUUGGAAGAUAUGAUGGCAACGUCGAUAUCUGGAACUUGAGUACCGGGAAGCUCCUGUAUAGCAUUCUUCCAAGGUCACCUAACGAUGGUGCCGUGACAGCGUUACAACCGACCCCCGCACUGUCUCUCCUUGCUAUUGCUUACAAGAGUGGUGCUCUGGUAAUUCACAAUGUGGAUUCAGAUCAGCCAAUUAUCUCACUAAAACAAUCUCUUUCCAACGCCUCUCCAAUUACGUCUAUAACGUUCCGAAGCGACGGGUUAGGCGCAGGUGAUGAUGGGAGGAAGGCAGGUGUCAUGGCCACAGCUACAAUUAAUAGCGGCGAUAUUACCAUAUGGGAUCUCAACGAAGGAGGCAAGAAAGCCGGGGUUCUUAGAGCAGCACACGAGAUAUCUGAUGAAACCAGUGAAUGCGGGAUCAAUCGAAUUGAGUUCCUGGAUGGCCAACCAAUUUUGAUCUCGUCUGGGAAAGACAACGCCCUGAGGUCCUGGAUUUUCGACGAGACGCCGUUUUCACCAAUCCCAAGGCCUCUUCAUUCGAGAAGUGGGCAUUCUGCAGCAGUUACUGCUCUCAAGUUUCUUCCGGCUUCCUCUGACGGUUCCGAAUCGGUGGGGAAAUGGUUAUUAAGUGCAUCGAAAGAUCGUAGUCUCUGGGGCUUUAGCUUACGAAAGGACGGUCAAAACGUUGAGCUAUCCCAGGGCAGCGUGAGGAGCAAAGCAAAAAGACUUGACGCAUUCAGUGUAGCCGAUGAUAAAGGCAGAAGAUCGGAGGAUCUCAAAGCCCCGGAAAUAACAGCUAUUGCCUGUUCUCUCAACCGUGACGGGGGGAUGGGGGCUAUGGCCUCCCAGCCUAUUUGGGCAAAUUCGAGAGAUUUCAAGGCUGACGGGAACAAUGCAAACGGAUGGGAAAGCAUUGUGACCGCCCAUCGAGGAGACAAGUACGCUCGUACUUGGUUUUGGGGUAAGAAGAGGGCUGGUAGGUGGGCUUUCGAAACGGGUGACGGGACUGAGGUCAAGAGUGUAGCAAUUUCGGCAUGCGGAACGUUUGCUGUCAUUGGUUCAGCAGGCGGCUGUAUAGACAUGUUUAAUUUACAAUCCGGCAUUCAUCGACAGAGAUUCCCGGGACCUCUCAGAUCUUCCAAAAGCAAAGGCACACAAAUGCAAACUGGAGCUGCAUCGUCAGUUCAUUCAUACGCACCAAAUGGCAUUCAAAUUAAUACAAAAGAGAAGCACACGAAAGCAGUGACAGGGCUAGCAGUCGAUAGCCUAAAUCGAAACCUUUUCUGGGAUUUUGUUUCUGGACGGUUGGUCAGUGAAUUAGACUGGUCCCCUAUGACAGCUAUAACUGGCCUUCGGUAUAGUAACGCAAGCGAACUGGUGGCAUUCAGCUGCGACGAUCAUUCCAUCCGUGUUGUGGAUGUUGAGACUAAGAAGAUUGUCCGCGAGUUUUGGGGCUGUAGGGGCCAGAUCAAUGACUUCACCUUUUCCAGUGAUGGCAGAUGGGUCAUUGCUGCUUCGAUGGAUUCUAUUAUCAGAGUCUGGGAUUUGCCAACAGGGCAUCUAAUUGAUGCCUUCCAAGUAGCGGCUACAUGUACAGCGCUGGCCAUUUCAGGCACAGGAGAAUUUCUCGUUACUGCUCACGCAGAUGGGGCGGGCAUCAACGUCUGGAAUAACAAGACUCUAUUUUUGAAUUUGCCCCAAAAGCAUAUCGAUGAAAAUGACAUCACGGAAGCUUGGAGCCCCACGACGUCCGGGGAGCUUGGUUCUGGGAUUAUUGAAGCGGCGUUUGAAGAUGGUAUUGAAUAUAGCGAGCAGGAAAGAUCGGUCACUUCCGUCGACCAACUUCACCGAGAUAUGAUGACUUUGAGCGUUAUUCCCAAAAGCUCAUGGCAGACAUUACUCCAUCUCGACAUGAUUAGGGAGCGUAAUAAACCAAAAGAGCCACCAAAGGCCCCAGAGAAGGCGCCCUUUUUCCUUCCUUCUCUUAUUGAUAAAAAGGGGCAGCAAUCAACCGCCGUUGACGUCCAAAAUAUUGACCUGCAUAUAACUUCUGGUUCCGAGACUACAGCAGCUGAACGCUCGCGGAUUGCUAAAAUGCAACAGUCCGGAAAGCUUUCGCUACAUGGUUCUCAUAUUAGCAACCUCCUAAAGACCGGUGCACUCUGUCACAAUUUCACCUCGUUCAUUGAUUAUUUUAAAUCAUUAUCACCCGCAAAGGUUGACUUGGAAAUCCGAUCUCUUGAUGUACGGAUGAGAGAUGGUCGUUGCGAAAUUGUUGACUUUGUCACCGCUCUCACGGAACGGCUCAGGUCAAAGAGAGACUUUGAACUCGUUAACACAUGGAUGGCUGUCUUUUUGAGGGUUCAUGGUGAUGUCAUUGGUAGGGUUUGGGAAACAACAAAUGGCGAAGAUGAGUCUUUGCAGAUGCUACAAGCUGCCUUAGCGGCUUGGAAGUUCGAGCAGCAAAGGGAAGCUAAGCGUCUGUCAGAUUUAAUAGGCUAUUGCCGAGGAGUUGUCUGGUUUUUGCGAUCAGCGCGGUAG